CGAAAAAUUUUUUACCAAACAUUUAAGCAAAAAGAAAAAAAAGCUGAGCAUCUAAAAAUUAAAAAAAAAUAUAUAUAUAAAAAUAAAUAAAUAAAUAGAUAGAAUAAUUAAAUAUUAAAUGCAAUAAUUAUAAAUAAAAUCAAAAUUAAAUUAAAAUAUCAAACAAAAAAAAAAUAAUUAAAUUAUAAUAAUUAAUUAUUAAAUAAUUAAUAAUUAUAUAAUUAAAAAACUGUUUAUAUAAAAAAAAAAAUUUAAAAUUCCUAUAAUUAUUUUCGAUUUAAUCGAUAAUGAACAAACGACGAUAACCUAGAUGUUACCAAUGCAUUUUAUGUACCCCCAUGUUUUUUCAAAGCAACAAGAAGAAAAAACGAUUAUGGCGUGCACGCGUCAAACAACCAGCAACCACAUUAAUACAAUUAGCAGCAUCAGCACAACAAAAUUUAGUAGUAACAACAAUACCAGUAUCAUUGACAACUAUAACAACAACAACAACAACAACAUCAGCAACAACAACAUCGAUACCGAAAAUAUUAAGUGGUACAAUAUCGAACAAUUUGAUAAUGAGUACGCAUUAUUCAAAUUAUCAAGAAGAAGAAGAAGAACAACAACAACAACAACAACAACAACCAAAACAAGAACAAAUUCAACAACAACAAUAUCUACAAAUGGAUUUGAUGACAAAUACACAAAUUUUAGACGAAACAUCGUCAACAUGUCCAAUGAUUUGUCAACAACAAUCUUCAAUGAAUACAAUAAACAAUUUAAUGAAAUGUUCUGGGGAUCGAAGCGAUACAUCAUCAAUGAUCGAUGGUCAAGAAAAUUCUAUAAGUGGUUAUUAUUACGAAAACUCAAUCGAAAGUACCACAGAUCAAGAAGAGGAUCAAACAAUGUCAAUAACAGCAUCACCAAUAUCAACACCAUCAAUAACAACAACAUCAUCAUUAGUAAAUUUAGUGAGAAAAUCAGCAUCGAAACGUCGAUUAAUAGCAACACCAAUACAAAAUACAGUAGGUUAUACCCAAAUGAUCAGACAAAAAUCAUCGACGAAAGAUAUUUUAACUUAUCAUCAAUCAUUGAGAGGGACAAAUCCAACAAAAUCUUCAACAAUACAAUCAGUAAAUACUGGUACAUCGACGGUAUGCGAUUGGGUAAAAAAUUGUUGUGGUGGAGGAAACAAUUUUUCAACCGAUUCAAUAAAUUCCAGCCAAUUAUACAACAACAACAAUACAAACAGCAACAAUUUCAACAAGCUAUCGACUUAUACACCAAUAUUAUCACGAAAAAAUUUAGAUACAAAAAUUCAAGAACAAAUUCAACAGGACACAACAGACGAACAAUUAAAGCAAUUGUUUCAAGCAUUAUUAGGAAAAGUCAAAGAACCUCAGUUAACGACAUUAGUACAAGCUGUAGAUUCCUUACAAAAGAAUUCAUCAAUUUAUUGUACUUCAAAUUGUUCAAAUACCGGUAUAUUAUCAACGACGCCGUCGGAUUCUUUAGGACAUCAGCCGGACUGUGUCCUUGUGCCGCGUGCGUUAAUAAUGGGAAUCGAACCGAAUGUUAUUGCGUGUCGGAUAUGGCGUUGGCCGGAUAUAAGAAGUUCAAAGGAAUUGAAAAGUAUUGCAUCGUGCUGCAACGAAAAAGAUCCGAUUUAUGCAUGUUGCAAUCCAACACACUGGAGUCGAUUAUUAGUUCCAGAAACUCCACCACCUCCUUACCAAUUGCACACAACAGAAAGACUGAAACCAGAAGAUCAUGCGCUAAAUCAAAAUACGAAAGACAGAGAAAAACGUACAAACGAUUCUAUAACAGAUCAAAAGCGUGAUCUUCGGAUUCAGUUUUCAGGAUCGUUAACAACAGAAAAUGAAGAUACAUCAAUUAUAUCAUCAAGUUGGUGUAAAGUAGCAUAUUGGGAAAUUAAACAGCGUGUUGGAGGUCUUUUUCCAGUUGAAAAUUCUUCUGUAAAUAUAUUUUUCGAUCAGUACCGUGGCGAUGGUAUGUGCUUAAAAACUUUGGUCGAACAAAGAAAAACGGCAACACCACAGCAGGUGCUAAAAGUACGGCAAAAAAUAGGUUUAGGUGUAACUCUUAGCCAAGAGUCUGAUGGAGUUUGGUUAUACAAUCGUUCAUCGUCUCCAGUUUUUGUACAUUCGCCAACAUUAAAUCCAAGUGAUUAUUUUUUCCAUGUGACAAAAGUGCCACCAGAUUAUUGCCUGAAAGCCUAUGAUAAUUUUAAGGCUAAAACACAAAAUAUUAAGUGGCCAUCACAAAUAGCUGGAGCUCAAACCGGACCAAUUGAUAGAUUCAGUAUGAGAAUUAGUUUUGCAAAAGGCUGGGGACCAAAUUACACCCGUCAAGAUGUAACCGCUUGUCCAUGUUGGUUAGAAGUAUUAUUGUGUCGGUGACAAUAUCUAACCACAGCUACAAUUUAUUUACUAAAUUUAGUCUGAUUUAAAUAUACAUACAAUAUAUAUAAUAUAAAAAUAUUAUGUGAAGAAUUUUUGAUAAUAUAUAAUGUAAAUAAUAUAAAAGAAAUUAUGUUAAAUAAUAUUAAGUAUAUAGGAAAAGCACAGAUAAUAAGUCAGGAAAAUAUUAUAAAAAAAAUUUUUGUAUUAAUGUGAGAAUCCAUAAAUUGUUGUAAAAAAUUUAAUAAACAAGAAAAUUAUUUAAUUAUUUUUUUUCAAAUUGCUGGUUGAGAAAUUUUGAACAAUUUUUUUUUUUAUAAUGUAUAACAUGUCAAUAUGGGGUUAUAUAAUAUUUAAAAUAAAAAACUAUAAUAAUGCUUAGUAUAAAAUGUAAAUAUUAUUAGAACUUUCGAAAAUUGAUUAUUUAAAAAAGAAGAAAACAGAAAGCAAUAUCAUAAUUUUUUUUAUUAUUUGA